UAUGUGCAGAAUUGAAUGUGCUUAUUUAUAUAUGAUAAAUGAUUUAUAUAUGAAGAAGGCUUUAUUUUUGACACAUAAACAUUACAGUACAAUGAAAUUGUACUCCACAUAUCUCGGCGUGUUAGGAAACGGGUCAGAGCACAGAGUCAGCCAUGAUAUGGUGGAGCUCUGUGGUUAAGCACCUUGUGAAAACCACUAUAUCUAAAGCUGGUGGAACUUGUAAAGUGCUUCAGUCAGAAUUGUACAGGUCAGUGGAUUUGCAUUGAGUGAUGCUGGAUUUGCAUGAAGACAUGAGGACGACCCUGAGCAACACCUGCUACCAAGGUAACAGGGGCGUGGCUAGCCUCCACCUGCUCACUUUGUUUAUUCCUAUCGGCUUUUAUUUGCAACAUGCUAGUAGAUUCCUGUCCUAUUCUAAUAGAGCUAAAUACACGGGCUACGUCCCAAACCGCGUUUUAAAGACGUCCUCUGCAAUAGAUAAAGGUAGCGUAAUCGUUUUCGACGGGUUUGGUCUGUCUUUUUGACUCACGCGGUGAGAAUUCGAAAGAACUCGGAAUAUCCGAGUAAGUGUGUGAGAGAGAAAGUGAUUUAUAACGCAGUUCGUCUGCCGAAGCUGAGCGCGAGGGGAGUGUAGAGUGGCGCAUGCGCAAUGCGCGGUUCACGGCACCGGGCGUCACACCGCAGCGGCUGCAGAUUUUCCUCCCGUCAGAUAGAAGAACAGCAGGAGAGAGAGAGAGAGAGACGACAGCAGGGCGGACGAGCUCGAAAGCAAAGGAUGGGUUAACUGUAUGAAAAGGGAAGGACGGACAUAUUGAUCUCGUAUUUCCGGGCUGCUGAUGCAGUUCUACCUCGCGUGCGUACCAUUUGUUGCUGAAAAGACGCUCCUCGGUACAGGAUUAAUGGGAUUAGAAUAAGAGAGCUCUGUGGGUAUUUAUUUCUCUUCCCUCGGCGAUGGAUGACCGGAACUGAAUCAGAGUUGUGCAUGAGUUAGAAGUGAUGAGAGAGAAGGGUGAAGAGUGCCGCGUUGCUGGUGCCGUGUGCGCGCUCGGUUCGGAUCGGUCCGGGUUUGUUUUCCGCUCGUUAUUAUGAUGGAAAGCGCUGAUGGCUCGAGCAGCGACGCCAAACCGCAAAGCCAGCCGCUGGAGAGGAAGAGGUUAAACCGUGCACCGUCUCCAGCCAGACCUUUCCUGAAGGAUGGCCACUCCAGAGCUCCGAAAUCCACCGCGCUCACACCGAAAUCUCCUAAACUCAACAAGCAGCAGCAGCAGCAGCCCGCGGCGUCCUUCAGUCCACACAGCCGCGCUGUGAGACGCGCCGCGACCGGAGCGAAGGACAAACCGGCGCCGGUGAAAAGCGCCGCCAAAUCCUCGGCGACUAAAAAGGCCUCAAAGGUCACGCAGGCGAAACCGGUCGGGAAAGCGGCGGACACCGUCCCACGACUUGCGAAAAGCGGGAAGGGGAAGCUGAUACCGCUCCCGCGCGCUCCUCUCCUGGCCCACGGUUCCGACUCGCCGGUGCGCGUUCCCACGGGGCGCCUUGCUCAGACAGACAGCAGCUCGGACCUGUCCGACUGUCCCUCCGAGCCGCUGUCCGAUGAGCAGCGCCUCGUUCAGGCCGCCAGCAGUGAUGCCGAGUCGGGAGCUGGAUCCGGAUCCAGUGAGCGCGGACACGCUGCUGUGGAUGAAGCCACUGACUCCGGCGCUGUGGGGGCUUCCGGCGGAGCGCGACUGCACGGCCAGAGACCGGACAUCACAGUGUCUCAGGCACAAGCUUCACCUGCGCGAGAGAAACCCAAACCGGAAAAACAUACCGGGAGCGCGCAGCUCAAACCGGAGGGCGGCAGAGAGCUGGCAGAGGAGGAUUUAUUACGGGAAAUUGAAGAUCUUCGCUCAGAAAACGAUUACCUCAAGGAUGAAGUGGAUGAGUUGCGUGCUGAGAUGGAGGAGAUCAGGGACAGCUACCUGGAAGAGGAGGUGUAUCAGCUGCACGAGCUGCGCAGAGAGCUGGACCGCUCCAACAAGAACUGCCGCAUCCUUCAAUACCGGCUGCGCAAGGCAGAGCAGAAAAGCCUGCGAGUGGCCCAGACUGGCCAUGUGGAUGGAGAACUGCUCCGUAACCUAGAGCAGGACCUCAAGGUGGCCAAAGACGUGUCGGUGCGUCUACACAAUGAGCUGGAGAGCGUGGAGGACAAGCGCACACGGGCAGAGGACGAGAACGAGAUGCUCAGGCAGAAGAUCAUUGAGGUGGAGAUUUCCAAGCAGGCUCUGCACAAUGAGUUGGACCGGGCCAAAGAGAUGGCAAUAAGGAGACGAGGGAGCCGGGAAACAUUCAAGGACAAGAAAUCUCUUUCUCAGGAGGACAGUGCUGACCUGCGAUGUCAGCUGCAGUUCUCUAAAGAAGAAUCAGCUCUGAUGCGCAAGAAGAUGGCCAAGCUGGGCCGCGAGAAGGAUGAGCUGGAGCAAGAGCUGCAGAAAUACAAGUCUGUGUACGGUGAUGUUGACAGCCCUUUACCCCUGGCUGAGGUACCGGGUGGUGGACCACACAGCACACGUGAAGCCGAACUCCGGCUACGCCUCAAGCUUGUAGAGGAGGAGGCCAAUAUCCUGGGCCGAAAGAUCGUGGAGCUUGAAGUGGAGAACCGAGGCUUGCGAGCUGAGAACGAGGACCUGCGUUGCCAGUAUGAGCGUGAUUGCUUUGGCCGUGAACCUUUCUCCAGCGUGCCUUCAUCUCCAUUUGGCGCAGACGCUCCAGAGUCUGCUACUGAGCUGCGACGCCACUUGCAGUUUGUGGAGGAGGAGGCUGAGUUGCUACGGCGCUCCAUUUCCGAGAUCGAGGACCGCAACAAGCAGCUGACCACCGAGCUCAAUCGCUUCAAAUUUGGACCUUCGGAUGGUGAGGCUGAGGAGGUAGAGGGUGGAGGUGCAUUGGCCAUGCUGAAGCCUGGAAACAGUGGUGCAAGCAUGUCAAUGGGUGGCAUAGUGUCACUACAGGAGGAGCUGAAAUCUGCCCGGAUGCAGAUUAACGAAUUGAGUGGGAAGGUGAUGAAGCUGCAGUACGAGAACCGUGUACUGAUCUCAAACAUGCAGCGCUGCGAUCUAGCUGCACACCUAGGCCUUCAUUCUGCAAGUCCUCGUGAUAGCGAUGCCGAUAGCGACGCUGGCCGCAGGGACGCUGAGGAGGAUGAGACAGGCCGGCUUUUACUACUCCACCCCAAACGAGAAGGUCCGGUGGGUGGAGAGAGCGACUCUGAGGACCUGUUUGAGAAGACAGCCACCUCAGGUUUUGGGAGCGCUGGGAAGGGGUCAGAUAUGGGCGAGCUUGGAGGGGUAGAGCUCACAAAGCGGAGACGGGAGGAUCGCGAGAUGCUUGGUGGAAUUAAACGGGAGGCUGAGCGGCUGGGAAAGACAGUGGAGAGGCUCAUCUCAGACACAAACAGUCUGAUCUGUGAGGGGCGUCUUGUUGUGACCGGAGCCGACUCUGUGGGUGAAGGCUCUGACUUCAGGGGUGACGGAGACUCGGCUGAACCCAAGCCUGACUCGCAGUCUCAGGUGCUAGAUGCCAUCAAUGCUCGCAUGCGGACAUUCCGGGCAGAGCUUUAUGCCUUCAUGGAGAAAGUGGACCACCUGGCCGAAGGUCUGAGGGACCGCAGCGAUGAACUUUCGCCAAUGCCUAAUCUAACCGAGUCGAGCAGCUUUUUGUCAACCGUCACGUCCAUGUCCCGCGACUCGCCUAUUGGAACUCUGGGAAGGGACCUGUGUACAGACUUUCAGUCCGGCCGGAGGCAGGAGGAGUGGUCCCUAGGCCGGCGGAAUGGCCCGGAGGCGCCUGCGCUCAGUAGAUACGGCAGGCCCCACAGUGUCAGAGCCGAGCUCCGGGAGUCUGAAGUGGGCACUCCUGCCAGGGAGGCACCGUUCUGUCUGGAACUCGAGAGGAGGAUGAGAGCAGGACAGGAAGAGAGAGACAACCUACCAUCCUCCAUCACUCAGGAGGAGGAGCUGAGACAUCUGGAAGCACGUCGAGGUCUGGAGCUGCAGGGCCUUCAGACGCAUGAGCCCGCAUGGCCCCAGGAAAGAGCUCUGUUGCAACAGGAAGUGCGUCUGUUCCGUCAGAAUGUCAUCAUCGUCUACAUGAAGCUGCGUUGGAUCCUCAUGCACUGGAGGCUCGGGCGCAGGACAGACGUAGCCGAGGAGGGAGCUGAGGAUGAACAGUUGGAAAGCAUCCCAGAGGUUGGAAUGGUGAGGGAACGUGCCGAGGAAGACACAGAUCGGGAGGACAAAGUGUGUCCCCAGGCCCUGUGGGGAGACAGCCCUGACCCUGGACCACUCUUACUGUCCCCGGAUAAACUCCACUAUCAGAAACAGGCAGGUGACAGUAGACGGGUUCUCCGUGCCCUGCGUUCUCUGCUGGAGGAGUUGAGGGCAGAGCUACGGGAUGAGGCUCAGAGAUGUUGUCAGUUGCAGCAGACGCUGGCCAAUGAGAAAGCAGCAUGGGAGAUACAGCGUGCUGAGAUGAGGAGCCACAUAGCACAGCUGGAGGAGUCGAGAGGAGCAGCGUCAGUAGUAGGGGGAACGGACUCCUUGUGGCAGGAGAGAGAACAGAAGCAGGAGAAGGAGCGUGAGGAGCAGAGGAGGCUUCUGGCCGAUAGUCACAGUGUGGCUCUGGAGUUGCGCUGGAAGCUGCGGCACGGUGAGCGGCGAUGGACCAGAGAGAGGACCGAACUCCUCGAGAGCUUUGAGAGGGAGCGACAGGAGCGAGACCGAAACGUACAAGACCUCCACCACAAGAUGGAGAAGAUGCAGCAGGAAAUACCUCUCCGUCACUCUGAAGGAGGGACGCCGCGUGUCUUCUCCCCUCAGGACAGUCCCUGUAAGGCCCCCAGAUCUCCACGCUCCCCUCGUGGAGCUUCAUGUGCAGUGUCUCGUUCCCACUCCGACUCGGAGGCCACGCUGGAAGAGAGAGUACGACCCAGUGAGAGCCUCUUCUUGGAUGCUCUGUCUCUGGAUCCACCAAACGAGGCCGAGGUUCCUCCUUCAUCCAGGCUAGAAAGUGAGAAGAGGUUCCCCUGUCUCAAUGAAGCACUAAAUGAGAUAUCACAGAGAGCGGAUCCUGUACUCUAUCCUGAGGAAGAGAUGACCAGUGGCAGCCUGCUCAGGGCAAAAUCAGUCUGCUCUAUGAGUGACUUCCAGCGUUUGAUGGACAGCUCCCCCUUCCUGCCAGACAAGAGCAAGUCAGGUGAAUGUGGGCGCGAUGAGGUGACUCCACCCCUAUCUCCUGAUGACCUCAAAUAUAUUGAGGAGUUUAAUAGCAAGGGCUGGGAUCUCUCCAAAUCCCCACUGUCUUCCUGCCCAAUCCCAGGCCCUGUGCUGCCCCCACAGGUAGUGGAGGCAUGGGUGGAGCGGGCAGAUACCCACAGACCUGUCCCUUCUUCGUCAGAUACAUUUCAGCCAGCCGCAUGGUACUUGACCACCAGUGCCACGCUAACCACGAAUACCACAAGCAGCCUGGAGCAAUGCCAGCAUCUGGCUGCAAGAAGCUCCCCAGUGCCUGACCACUUUGGUGUGCGUGUCCUCCACAGCCCCACUAGGGCAGAGAGGUUGAACCUAGGACCGUCAGAUCAGGAGUAUGCAUUAUCCAGAGUGAGCAAAGAAAAUGAAGGGGAGGACAUUUUUGGAGGAAGGUGGCCAUGUGAACUGAGACAUUUGGAAGGUGGUGAGCAUGCAACUCUGUGCACAGCGAUGGGUUACACAUCCUCGCUUGAGCUAGAACUAUCCCGGAAUCUCAGUGAUGACAUGAAGGAAGUGGCAUUUUCUGUCCGCAAUGCAAUCCGCUCCAGCACAGCAACCGGAAGCAGUCCUGUGGACCGUCAAAUGCGUGAUGCAGCAUGCCAGACCAAUGGCUCAAUGACACGUGGCACGCAAACCGCACAGGGUGUGAAUGUGGCACUGCAAACACUCACCAGCAGUCCUCGCCGCUGCCUCACUCCUGUUUCAUCACCCUCACGUAGCCUCAGGAAGGCACAGUACUCACCUGCCACACAGGCCAAGUUUGAACGGUCAUGUUGUUCACCAAAAUAUGGAUCACCCAAGCUCCAGCGCAAGCCCUCGUGUACCAAUACAGCACAAGGCAAAUCUGAACCCCCUGCCACCACAUCUAGAGCUCCAACGCCCACUUCGCAGUGUCUGAAGGGCAACAGUGAGUCAGCAUGGGCGCGUUCCACCACCACCCGAGACAGCCCCGUCCACACCACCAUCAAUGAUGGCCUCUCCAGCCUCUUCAACAUCAUUGACCAUUCCCCAGUGACCUAUGACCCAGCGCAGAAGUUCAACAAGUCACCCAGCCGCUCCAGGCCCACUGAAAGUGGGUCUGCAGGUGUUUCAGACCCUAAAGCAGGCAAUGGAGGAGCACCACAGGACCUGGCAAGGCCAUCCAGGGGUCGUUCGCCCAGCCCCAUCCAGCUCAUAGUAGAAUUGCAGGGUGAGAAGAACCCAGAAACAAUUAGCAUCAGGCAGGACUUGUCAGCUCCACCGGGUUACACGAUAGCAGAGAAUGCUGCACGGAUAUUGAAUAAGAAACUGUUGGAGCAGGGUUUCAGAGAGGAGAAGAAGCAAGGUUCAGCCACGGCAGCACAGAGCAAAACGGGGGAAGUGGACAAACCUGGAUGUAUUGAGGACCUCCCAAGAUCACCUGUAGCCCCGCCCCUGGACUCCUGUUUCCUGCGACCGGCCCGUCCUGCCAAUCGCCGCCCUCCCUCUCGCUGGGCUGCGCGCUCUCCUUGUUCUUCACCCAACUACAAAGACCACACAGAGGGGUUCCGCUUCCCUUCACCCAUCAGACCUGCUCAAACCAUCCCAGAGACAGAGGAGUCCAGUCAGGAACUACCUCAGCACCCAGCCUGAGGACAUCCUGCACCAGCCAAGCCUGCUCACUGUCCUCUCCUCUCUUCUUCUU